CUCCCGCGCGCUGUCGACACAACAGUCAUUCCUCCUUAGUAGCUUGAAGCGACUGGUUGGGCGAUAACUCGGCUAAAGAAAUUUCUUUUUCUUUUCGUUCAUUCAGCAAACACUCUGGGGGUUUUCUUCUCCUUUUUCUUCUUUUACGAACCGAGCUUGGUGACAACCUGUGACGUAAACAACCAAUUAUAUGAAUUACAAUGGGCCGGUCCUCAUUAGUGCCGUGGGUUCUCCUGGGGGUGAUCUCAGCCUCCGUCCUUCAGGUCUGUCACUCAACGCCCGAUGGUGAGGAAGAUGACAAACCCAAGCUGCUCUAUAUACUCUUAGAUGGGUUUCGGUGGGACUACCUGGAGAUGUUUAGGGAGGGAGCCUUACCAGCUUUCAACCAAUUCGUGAAGGAGGGAGUGAGGGCUCGGUGGGCCACUUCCGUCUAUCCAUCGUUGUCCUUUCCUGCUCAGAUAACGUUAUCUACAGGGCUGUAUCCAGAAAACCAUAACAUCAUCGGAAAUUACUUUUAUGAUCACGCAACCAAGGAUGUCUUCGCUCUGUUCGAUUCCCAGACGACGGUGAGAUCAAAGUGGUGGACAUCGGAGCCCAUCUGGAUUACAGCCGAGAAGGCCGGGCUGAAGACGGCCCAAAUCAAGUGGACGCGAUGCGAGGUCCCUUACGACGGCAAGACUACUCAUUACUGCGAGACGUACAAGGACGAGGAAGCCCGAUUGGAUAACUUCCUCAAGAGCAGCAUGACAGCGCUGAAAAAACUCGAGGAAGGAUAUGAUUUUGUACAGGUCUACACCGUGGAACCAGACUUGGCGGGACAUUAUUUUGGUCCAAAGUCUCGUGAGGUUUUGCAAAAACUUCAAGACCUGGACAGUGUUCUGUCUAUUAUCAUGGACGAAUUAGAAACGAAAGGCCUGUCUGAUAAAGUGAACAUCAUUAUAACGAGCGACCACGGCAUGCAGUUUGUCGGCGAAGAGACGGGAUACAAAACCAUCGAGAUCGACAGCCAUCUCAACACUGCUCUGGUGGACAAGAUUUGCGAUCGCUAUUCGGUCAUGUAUCUUUACGUCAGUGAUGAGAAUCUUCAGAGGGUCUACAACCAAGUUUCGAGAAUACCAGGACUGACGGCAUACAAGAAGAGUGACAUACCCGAUGAUUUUUACUUUAAAAGGGGGAAGUACGUCCCUGACAUCCUUCUCUUCCCUAAUUCCGGUUACCUUAUAAUGCCAUCAGCAUCAGACAAGCAAGUUCCACCUAGAAUGGCAGAGUUUGGCAGUGGUGUUCAUGGUCUAAACCCCAAACUGCCUAGCAUGCGUGGAAUAUUCUUUGCCAAAGGUCCAGCUUUCAAGGAAGGUCUUGUGACUGACCCUAUCAAUAUGGUGGACGUGUACCAAGUCUUGACUACAGUGCUUGAUAUCCCUCCUUUGCCACACAACGGAACGUGGAAGAACGUGGAGCCCAUCUUCGCGGAAUCUACUGCCGAAAAGGAAGGAUUGGUUGAGGAAAGAGGAGACGAAGGACACGGAAGUGGCGCCUCAACACCCAUAAUGACUCUUGUUUUAGCAUCGUUCUUAGUUACCUUGGGCAGGUGCCUUCAGAGUACCCUUCUCUAGAAUGGUAAAAGAGCUAUCCUGCUCAUUUCAGAUUUUGACUCGAUCGCAGUCCCCUUGAUUGCUAUAAAUAAGUAAAUGAGUCGAGGAAAAUGUCAAUUGAUCUGGGUCAUGUCGAGAAAAACGGUAACAAGAGAGAUGUUUCUGGAUUAUUUUUGUAAUGUUUUAUAUUUUCACGGUACCAUAAAUAUCAACGAAGUUGGCAAAAGCCAUACAACUUCCUUAAAUCAAUUCUCCUGUGGACGGAGUAAACGAUGAAUUUAUCGCCUAACUGUUUGCAUCAACCAAAAUUCUCGUCUAUCUCGGCAUCGAAGAUUCCAUGAAUAUGUUUGAACAGAUGUUUUUUUUUUUUUUUUUCCGAUGAAGUCAUCGAGAACUCUGGAGAGGUUGGGAUAAUCUAGAGCCCCGCUUGAUUAAGGAAGAAUCUCUCCAUGUAUUUGCCUGUUUGUAUGAAAGGCAGCGUGGUUAGUCACCUUGAUUUUAUUACACUCUAAUCUGUUCAUUUGCUUGUUGUUUCUAAAAUAGGACGACACUAUAGCUCCAUAAUAAUGAUGAUAAUAAUGGCGCAAUUAGGCACGCAAAGAAAUGGGUUUCUGUAUUGUUAGAGAAAAUAUGCACGGAAAGGUCUUUUGGUCUCCGGUAAUAAUAAUAAUAAUGGAAAUAACGAUAUACAUAUACAAUUUUGAUAAAAUAGAAUAUUAUAUAUACCCAUAGGGUCUUACUUCCCAAGUUGACCUUGGGAUAAAAUCAGCUAAAAAUAUAAUUAACGCGUCCUAAUUUUCUGUUACACGAACGACUGAGAAUAAAGGAAAACUUUUAUUUAAA